AGGCCGCGGGGAGCGCGGGGCAGGACCACUCCCGGGUGGAGGAGACGCGCGCUCGCCCCGGCUGCCGCCCCCGCCGCCUGCGCGGAGUGGUACGGCCCGGCCCGGGUUAAAGCUCGCGGGCGGCGCGGCGGCGGCGGCGGUGGCGGCGGCAGCUGGCGGCGGAGGAGCAAUGGGGCUGCGCGCGGGAGGAGCACUGGGCAGGGCCGGGGCCGGGAUCGGCCGAGGGGCGCCUGGGGGACUCGGGCCCAGCGGCGGCGCGCAGGGCGGCAGCAUCCAUUCGGGCUGCAUCGUCGCGGUGCACAACGUGCCGCUGAGCGUGCUCAUCCGGCCGCUGCCGUCCGUGCUGGACCCGGCCAAGGUGCAGAGCCUCGUGGACACGAUCCGGGAGGAUCCAGACAGUGUCCCGCCUAUUGACGUCCUCUGGAUCAAAGGGGCCCAGGGCGGUGACUACUUCUACUCCUUCGGGGGCUGCCACCGCUAUGCAGCCUACCAGCAGCUGCAGCGAGAGACCAUCCCUGCCAAACUUGUCCAGUCCACCCUCUCGGACCUCAGGGUGUACCUGGGCGCAUCUACCCCGGACUUACAAUAGUGGCCUCCUAGGCACCACCCGACACUCCUAAGAGCCCAGAAGACACACCCAGCCUCUGGGGAGGCUGGACCAUGCAGGAAGCAGUCAGGGGCGCCUUCUCUGUGCCCAGGGGGAGGUCUGACUCUGAGCACCUGUUUCACGAGCUGCAAGACCUUGGACUCGUUCCUGAACCAUGUGGGAGCCCCAGAUCCCACUGCUGUGGAAAUGGGGUCCUGUCUUUGCCCUCGAGGUAUUCUUGAGAGAAUGAAAAGGAAAAGAAGAUGGGUUUGGAGAGCCACCUGUUGUUCCUGGCUCCAGAUUCCUGAGGACAAGGCUCCUAUGUUUUCAUCCGUGUAUUUCCCAUUAUGUGGAACACGUUCAGCCACAAGUAAGGGAAAGCCUAGGUUACAGUGGCUUAAACAAAGAGAAUUCUGGAGACAGGUGGUAUUGGUUCUGUACCACCAGCGAAGGCAGGGCUCAUAUCUCUGAUUCCUUUUGGUCUUCCCCCUCGUUGCUUGUUACUUCAUGGUCCAAGAUGGCUGCUAUGCCUCCAGGAAUCCUGGAUGUGUUCAAGGAAGAAAGGUGUGGGGACUGGGGGGGGGGGGGGGGGUGGAGAAUGGCCAAGCCAGUUGUCGACGUCUAUCAGGAAGUCAGUCCUUUCUCAAAAGAGCUGUUUCCUGUUCUGUCCCCCUGCAUAUUUCUACUUAGGUCUCCUUGGCCCAGACCAGUCAUUGCCACCCCUGGCUGCAAAGAAAGCUAAGAUGGUAGGGAACAGAAUUGUUAUAAUUAGUAGACCAUUCAUCUCCUGGGACUGACACACCACUUCCUAAAAUAAAAUUGGAAUCCCACUACCAAGAGAGAAAUAA